AUGAAGGCUCUCAUUCUCGUGGGUGGGUAUGGUACACGACUGCGUCCGCUUACAUUGACGCAACCGAAGCCGCUGGUUGAGUUUGCGAACAAACCCAUGAUGCUCCAUCAGAUAGAAGCACUCGCAACUGUAGGAGUGACGAGUGUGGUUUUGGCAGUCAGCUAUCGUGCAGAGCAACUAGAACAGGAAAUGAAGGUUCAUGCCGAGAGGUUGGGGAUCCAAGUCCACUUCUCCUUGGAAGAAGAGCCACUGGGAACUGCGGGACCGUUAGCUUUAGCGAGGCAAUAUCUAGAUGGCGAUGAACCUUUUUUCGUCCUCAAUUCUGAUGUUAUCUGCGAAUUUCCUUUUCAAGAAAUGAUUGAUUUUCAUCUAUCCCAUGGAUCGGAAGGAACAAUAGCUGUAACACAGGUAGAAGAGCCAUCAAAGUACGGUGUGGUUGUAUUCGACGAGCGCAGUGGGAUGAUUGCGGAAUUCGUGGAGAAGCCGCAGGAAUAUGUGGGCAACAAGAUUAAUGCCGGGCUUUAUAUCUUCAAUCCAUCUAUCCUGGAUAGGAUACCACUGCGCCCCACGAGUAUCGAAAAAGAGGUAUUCCCCAAAAUGGCAGAAUGUAACAAUCUGUAUGCUUUUGUGCUUUCUGGUUUCUGGAUGGAUGUGGGGCAGCCAAAAGACUUCUUAAAAGGGAUAUCGCUUUUCCUUGAACAUAAAAGAAGAACAGAUCCUUCAUUCCUUUCCAAAGGUGACUCAAUUCAUGGAAAUGUUCUUAUCGACAGCACUGCUAGUAUUGGAAACAAUUGCCGCAUAGGACCUAAUGUGGUGAGCUCACUUUCGGUAUUUUUUGUUUUGUUUAUCUGUCUAAAUCACACGAGUGCAAGCGCUCAUUGCGACAUGCCUAUGUUUACACUGCUUCCCGAUUGUUUUGAUUAA